AUGCGAGGCUCUGGUGGAACUGCCUGGCCAAUCGCGAUCUGCCGCACGUGGCAUCGGUGCAGUGUCGCCGAAUCUCCGGCUGCCAGCUGGCGAGCUCCGAUUGCACCGCCGCGGGAUCGCCGCGCGGCGGCGCGCAAUGGGUAUCGCACGGCGGCAGCGAGACCUGCCUAUGAUGCGUUGACUCAGUCAAAUCACGGAGGGAGAUUCGCUGUGGCGGAGGAUUUGCGGGAGCGAUCCGCAGCUGCAGAGGCUGCGGGGGGAAGGGGAGGAGGCGGAAGAUGGGGAGGGGGGAAUUCAGGCGGCUGGCGGAAAAAGGGUGCCGAAAAGGCGGCAGAGCAUGUGGACGGGUGGGGAAGAAGAAACACCGGCGCGCGGAAAGGGGGGAGUUUGAGCGGGGGCGGAAGGUGGGAAGGGCUCGCAGGGGCACAGUCGACGGGGGGAGAGCAGGGCGCGCGGGGGAAAGAACGUAGCGGGUCCGCUGGAGGGAAGAGUGGGGAGGGCGCGGAGAAGCUUUCCCCCUCCGCUGGGCGGGAGAUGGAGAGGUUGCGCGACAAUCUGGCGCGGAUGCGGCGGGAGGCGCUGGGGAGGGCGCUGGAGAGGGCGGGGCGGGAGGGGCGCGUGGGGUGGGCAGAGGCGCAGUGGCUGGUGGAGGGUAUGAUGAACAAGGGGGAUGGCAUUCGCGCUUACAGGAUCCUCCAGUGGGCGCAGCAGCAGCCAUUCUACUCGCCCUCCCCACCGCUCCUCUCCUCACUCCUCCUCCUCCUAGCGCGCACGCACCGCAUUCCACCCAUGCUCGCCCUUCUCGACCACUGCCUCUCCCUCCACCCCCACGCACCGCCAGAGGCACAGGGCAGUGUAGGGCCCUCUUCCCAGGCGCUCGUGCCUUGUGUGUCCCCUGAGUCGACUGAAACGGCACCUCUCCACCACACAGCAGUGCCAAUGGGGUCGGCUGUGCCGGCGGGGCCAGUGGGACCGGUGGGACCGGUGGGUCCGGUGGGGUCGGCUGUGUCGGCGGGGCCGGUGGGGCCAGUGGGACCGGUGGGGCCGGUGGGUUCGGUGGGGUCGGCUGUGCCGCUGCGCGUGGUGCAGACAUGCAUGGGCGCGCUGCUGAAGUCGGCGCAUGAUGAGAUGGAGCGCGUGUGGGAGCUGUAUGGCAUGGGGGAGAGAGAGGGGGGCAGGGGCAGCACACCCGACUGGCUUGUCAAUCAGAUGUUCGAGCCCCAAGUGCACAAGGCAGAGGCGCCACAUGCACAAGGCAGAGGCGCUUCUGAAAGAGAUGAGGGAGAAGAGGGAAGCAAAAAACCAUUUUCACCACUUUCUACCACUUGCCACCGUUUCCUCCAGGCCUUUUCCAGCCCCAAGUGGCGAGGCCGCCACAUGCACAAGGCAGAAUCACUCCUAAGAGAGACGAGGGAGAGGAGGGGGGAAGGGAAGAAUCAGCAGCGCAGCUCGGCCCCUCUGCUGCACAUGUACGCGUCUCUGGUGCGGCAUCACGCCAGGGAGGGCCACGUCAGCAAGGUGGUAACCCUGUUACAGCAGAUGCGGGACGACCUGGCGGCAUCGGGACGAACGGUGCCGCCCCAGGCAGUCGAAGCGGUGGUGUUUGCAUGCGCCCGGGCGGUGUAUCUGAGCAAAAAGAGGAAAGAGAAAGGGGGAGUGGUGGGGUCGCAGAAAGAUAUGGGUAGAGGAGGUAGGGGAUACAGCAGAGGAGGCACAGGGGGAGGAGAGGAGGAAGGGGAGUUGGCCGCUGCAGCACUGGCUGAUCAUGUGUCUGCUGCCAUGAGGGAAUUACACGAGGCUGUGAGGGCUCGAGGAGGGGAAGGAAAGGGGGAUCGAGACAGGAAGAGAGAGGAGGAGGGUGGAGAGAAGGGAUAUGAGGUGGGUGAGAGGGUGUGGGCGGCAUAUAUGGAAACUCUGAACCAUGCAGGGCGGUAUGAAGCGAGCAUUGCUGCAUGGCCGCAUGUCAUGGCGAUCAAGAGAGUGGCGGCAGAGUGGCAGGAAAGAGAGGAGGAUGAUCUGAUGGGCGAUGCGAGCAGAGGGAGGGUGGGCGAGUGGGAGCGUGCAGCGCGGGGCAUGCGUAUGGGAAGCAGAGAAGCAGCAGCAGAUGCAUACGGAGGGGAGAGUCUUUGUCUUCCCGGGCUGCGCGCGUGCAAUGCUUAUCUUGCAGCACUGGCAGGAGCAGCGGUGGCGAGCGGGGUAAUGGGGAGCACAAGGGAGGCGGAGAGGUGGGGGGAGGAGGCGGAGGGGUUUUUUAGGGCCAUGCUGCGGGCAGAGAGAGGGCCGCUCACUGCUGCUGUGAACGCGCUGCUGCACAUGUACCUCCACCAGUCACGCCUCAACGACCUGGAGAGACGGUUCCAAGGGAUGAAGGAGUCACGCCUCAAUGACCUUGAGAGACGGUUCCAAGGCAUAAAGAAGAUGCGUUGUGGGUGCGGGCGGUGCCUUCUUGACCGCACCUGCUACCACUCUUGCUCCUCGGAGGACGAUCGAACGUCCACAGGAGCACACGUCCAGUCCUCCUCUCCCUGCUCAUCCCACACCUGUCUCAUCCCACACCUGUCUCAUCCCACACCUGUCUCAUCCCACACCUGUCUCAUCCCACACCUGUCUCAUCCCACACCUGUCUCAUCCCACACCUGUCUCAUCCUUCCUUGGUUGAUUUUCGUGCCUAACUCGCAGGUGGGGUGCCUCCCUGACCUACCUGACUGCACAUGGCAUGGCAGCGCCCAAGCCCCCGCUCCCCGCUCACCCCACGCGUGUUCCCUCCUUCCGUCUCUCAACCCCGUGCUUCUCCCGCAGGUGGGGUGCCUUCCUGAUUGCACAUCCUACCACCUGCGACUGGCAGCGCACACCAAAGCCGGCAAUCUAGGCAUGGCGAAGAAAAUCUUCCUCGAAAUGAACUCCAACCAGGACGUAGGCGUUGACGCUCACACCUACAACCUCAUCAUAGCUGCAUGCGGCGCAGCAGGCGACACCAGAACGGUCCGUUCACUGUAUCUGGACAUGGUUGGGAAUCGGAAGGACCGGGGGCGGAAACCCGGUAUGGUGCUGGUGGGACCAGCGAGGGAAGCGGCGGAAGCUGUGGUGGGGAAGUUGAGGGUUGAGAGGGAUGAGACGCGGAGCAUGAAGCUGAGUAAGGAGCAGCGGCAGGUGUUGGCAGGGGUGCUGCUGGGUGGCGCGAGGAUCGCGGCCCAGGACAACGAACGGACGUACGAGAUUCAUUUCGAGCAGCCGUUGGACAAUCCUGGCCGUGUAGAGCUGCUGGAGGGGCUGUACAGGGCGCUGUGGAAGUUCAUGGAGGCGCAUGUGCUGCCAAGCCUGCGGGAUGAGCUUCGACCAGGCGUAAGGAUGAGGGUCGGGGGAGGUGGUUUGGAGGGAGGUGGUUUGCUUUCAGAGAGUGGGGUGAGGAAGAGGGAGGAUGGGUGGGAGGAGGAGAACAGGGAAAUGAUGGUAGGGGAUGGAGGGAUGGGUAGGGAGGGCAGAAAGGGGGAAGGGAUGGGAGGGGAAGGGAAAGAGGGUGGAGAGGUUUGGUCUGAUGAUGCAUGGGGCUCAGAUGGGCAGGAUGACAGGGGAAGAGAUGAGGAUGAGGAGGAGGAUGAGGAGGAGGAAGAAGAGGAGGAUGAGGAGGAUGAGGAUGGGGAUGAGGAGGACGAGAAGGGGGAUGACGAUGAUGAGAAUUGGGACGACGGGGAGGAUGAGAUGGAAGACGAGGAGUGGGAAAAAGGGGAAGAAGUGGAGCAUGGCAGGGAGGAGGAGGACAGUGUGAGGCGUCGCUUCAGCCCACGAGGAGAUGAGAGGGUGCAUUGGGAAGGGCAGCAACGGUUCAAAGUGGAGGAUGAUGAUGAUGCUGGAGAAGGGCCGAGCGAUGAGAGAGAAGAGCGAGACAUUGGCAGGGCAGGGCUUGUGCAGCAAGAGGAGCAAGAGGCGCGAGAGGGACAAGAGGAAGUGGGCAAGUUUGAGAGGAGGAGAUUCAGUCGGGGCCGGUUUAGGGAGAGGGAGAGGGAGAAGGACACACGGGAGGAGAUUGGGCUGAACAAGUGGAUGCCUCUGGAGCAGGCGCUGUACAUGGAGAAGGUGCAGACCCCCGUGUUCAAGAAGAAACCCAAGAAGCGAUGA